UUGACAAAUUAUUUUGUCGUAGACAUUGAAGUUCCCUCAGAUGAUGAUCCUGAUGUUUUUGAUCCUGCAUGCGAUCCUUCAAAACCGAUUGUCGUUGACUAUAAGCUUGUCCUAGAAGCAAGGGAAAGAAUUAAGGAUGUUGUAAAGCCAACACGAUGUGAGCGUUCGCGUUUAUCGGAUGAACUUGGAAUGGACAUAUACUUCAAAAGGGAAUUUGAACAUCCUACCUAUAGUUUUAAGGAACGAGGUGCCUGCAAUGUCCUCCUAGCAUUUACUCCGGUAAGUUGUCUAAAUCCCUAUUUCUACAUACAGGAGCAACGUGUGAAAGGUGCUGUGUCUGCCAGCAGUGGAAAUCACGCUUCCGCUAUGGCAUACCAUGCAAAAAGGUUAGGAAUACCAUGCACAGUUUGUAUGCCCGUGUCUGCUCCAUUGCCUAAAAUUCAAAACUGUCGCAAACAUGGGGCGAAUAUAGUUUUAAAGGGGAAAAAUAUCUCAGAAGCUCGGAAAGUAGCUCUUAAGCUUGCUAACCGGCGGGGAAUGACUUACAUUAACGGUUAUGAUCAUCCUCAUAUUUUGGCUGGCCAAGGAGUAAUUGGAUUGGAAAUUCUUGAACAAGUUCCUGACGUUGACGCAGUUGUCCUCACAGUUGGUGGUGGUGGUCUACUGUCUGGUGUAUCUUGUGCUAUUAAGCACAACAGACCACAAACCAAAAUAUAUGUAAGUUUUUUUUAUCAAAACAACGCAAUGAGUGCGGGAAAACCAGUGUUCACAGUCUGCGAUCAUACUCUGGCUGAUGGUCUAUUCGUGCCGACAGUCGGCUAUAAUUCAUUUGCAACAGCCUCACCAUUAGUUGAUAAGUGUGUAGCAGUUGAGGAAAGUUUUAUUUGCCGCGCGAUUCUUAAGUUAAUUGAAGCUGAAAAGGCUGUGGUCGAAGGUGCAGGAGCAACUGGUUUAGCAGCUAUUUUGGCUGGGCAACUUCCAGAACUAAAAGGCAAAAAGGUUGUUUGCAUUCUCUGCGGCGGAAACAUCGAUCCCUUCGUACUGGCUCGUGUAAUUGAUAGAGGGCUUGCACUGGAGAAGCGACUUAUUCAUUUUAGUGUAAAUUGCUCAGACACAGUCGGAGGACUAGCUGAGUUAACCAGACUGAUCGCCAAAAGUGGCGUCAAUGUCCGUGAUGUCAACCAUGAAAGGGCCUGGGUGAAGGAUGAUAUUUAUGAAGUUCGACUGGAUGUUACUUGUGAAACUCAAGGAGAGGAACACACCAAUGCAUUCUUCAGGGCUCUGGAUGACACCUUUCCUCGUUUAAUGUGGAAGCAGUACUAA